GGAGGAUAGAAUUAUGGUCAGAUUUGCCAAAUGGAGGAUAUUGUUGAACAAGCAAGUAAUACCUUUACCCUUGUUGGUUUCCUCCCACCCCAGCUACGGUGGCCAUCGUGGACAUAUACUCCAAUGAAGAGGAGAAGCUGGUUCUGUCAUCUCAAGGCUCUGCCCUGGGCUCAACCUCGGUUAAUCACCUCCACAGUCAGAUUUUACCAAGAAGAGGUAUGCUGGCUGUAUGAGAGACAUUGAGGUUUCCAGAACCCCCUAUAACCUGCUGAGCAGCUCCGACUACACCGGCCUGACCAAAGGCUGCUCUGUAGAGAACCUCCAUACAGUGAGCUUCUCCAAGCCAGGCCAUGUGGAACUGAAGUCCAUGUCCUUUGACGCUGGUACGGAGAUCAGCCUGUCCUUCACAACCAAGAGUGACAAGGGCAUCAUCCUGUUUGGCAGUGGGGGCACCAAUGGGACCAGCUCCCAGUUCCAACUCCCCAAGAGGAGACACAGGCAGUCUGGGGAGCCCUUCUUGGCUGUGUUGCUGAACAAGGGGGCCCUGGAGGUGCUGGUGUUUACAGGCAGCCACAGCCCACGCAAGGUGGUCCGCAAGCCUGACCAGGGCAUCCUGCACGACGGGAGAGAUUGGGCGGCAGGUCAUUAGCAGUCCAGGUGGAUGAGAAGCGGAAGAGGGAGCAGGCCCUUCCCAACGACCAGCUAAUAGGCGUCAAGAGACUGUUCAUCGGGGGUAUCCCCUCUGACGUAGAGCUCAGCUCCCAGAGACCCAACGUCCCCUUCGAAGGCUGCAUCUGGAACCUCAUGAUCAUUACCAUCCUCACAGACUUCUCCCAGCCCGUGGCCUUUGAGAACGCAGAGAUCGGCCAGUGUAACAACCUGGCCCCUCCCCCUCCCCCGCUUCCCCUCCAAGAGGAAGAGCCUGGUGAGGAAGAGAAGGCCAAGGAAGAAGACGUGUCCCAGACUGUCCAACCUGAGGCUCCACCACCCACCCCGACACCAGACAGACACAUCUCCCACUGUAGGUCCCACUCCUAUGGGUACCAGGGAGUAAAAGACAAAAAAAGUCACAUUAAAGGACUAAGUUCCCAGCCUAUGAUGGAGUGAUAUAUUAUCCCCAUAAAGAGCUGUCAUCUGUCCCCAGCACAGCUCAGCCAGACAGACCGGUUGGCCCUGAGUCUAAAUACACCAUCAGAGAGGUGAUGUGGCUGGAAUAAAGAAUGGGCCGUUUUCCAAUCCAUUAGGUCUGCUUUAUAGGUAAAGCUGCAGUGUUGACAGGGCUCUUUCUCAUAGCUCCACUGCUCCAUCUAUCCUCUCUGGCUGACAGCUGAGGUACUGUAGCAGCACUCUCUCUGUCCUCGCUCUGUCCUUCUUGCUCUCUCUCUCUCUCUUUCUGUCUCUCUGUCCUCCUCUCUCUCUCCCUUUCCUCCUCUCUGUCUCUGUCCUCCUCACUCUCUCUCUCUCUCUGUCCUCUCUCCGUCUCGAUCUUGCUGUCCUCUUCGCUAUGUCUCUCUGUUUGUCUCUCACUCUCUCUCAUCCAUCCUUCCAGACUCAUUCAUUCUCUGCUAGCCAAGCUGCCUUGGAUUGGCCAACACCAGCUGUAUUUCCUCAAAUAUUCUCUUGAUAUAUCUCCAUGGUAUGUAUCAUUGUAGGCAAAUGAAUAGAUUGCUACAGUGGUAGUGCCACUGGUAGUACAAUAUUUUCUUGUAGAACUGAUGUGCAUUUUGGUAAUCAUACUGUAAUAUUUUUCUUAGCACUGUUCCUCUAGCUACCUGCUGUGCUGACUUUCGCCAUUCAUGACAUCAGUGACAUCAGACGUGUGUCUGUGGAACCUUCAUUUUAAUGGAUUUCAGCCAUAGACCUUCAACACCAAGCCCUCUGUGUGAGGAUGUGUUGCUCGUGAACUAUACAUGCACAAACUUUCCAUGUCCAUAUUCGUAGUAUUGCCAGAAGACAUUUGACUUUCAAAGGGAUUUUCUUAGAAGAUCAUUUAUUUUUAAGUAAAUCAAUAUGGUUGUAGUAGCUCUGCUUUAUAAACAGGCUAUAUAUGAUAUAUGCUGUACUGUUUGCAGUGUGAAAUAAGGGUAUGCACUGUAAAAUAAAUGCCCCUUUAAGCAAUGGGAGCCUUUGUGGCUCAACAAGAAUAUAGAAAGAAAGGACCAUUCUACAUUGAGAGAGAUGUACUGUAUAAUGCCAGAUCAGAGGAAUAGAGACGUCUUCAUGUUCUGAACAGAACAAAAUAAGUGAUUCAGAUGUUGGCCUUGCAAAAACAAAUGUACAUUUUCUGAUAGCCUCAAUAGCAAAUCCAUGUCUUUUUCAAUAGCACCAUCUAUUGGCAUGUUAGAAUAGCACUUCAUCUAGAAACAGAAAGCAGGUCAACUAUAUUCAUAUUAAAAUGAAUGUUUGCUUUGUGUUUUUAAUGCACUCUUUGAAGGAGAUCAUGUCAGCUAAUAUGAAUUGUUUAAGACAACUGCUACUACCCUGUCCCCUACAAGCCUCCCGUGUUGCCGAGGCAUCUCCAGUGGUCUCUGGAAAUAACCAGUUUGGCUUCUCCAAAAACAGCCAUGUUGCAUUUGAUGACACAAAGGUCAAG